GACAUGGAUCCUAAUGCAGGGAACCAGCCACAGAUGAUGACUUUUAAACAGUUCCUAGCUUCCCAAGAUGAUUCCAUUGAUGACCAAGAAGCGGUUAGGAAAUACAACGAAUAUAAGAUUGAAUUCAAGAGACAGCAAAUCAGUGACUUCUUUCUUGCCCACAAAGAGGAAGAGUGGUUUCGUUCAAAGUAUCACCCUGAGGAGUUUGGAAAGCGAAAAGAAGAAAGUUUGAAAGCUCUGAAAAACCGUAAAGACGCGUUUUUUGACUUGUAUUACAAACAGUGGUUGGAUGCUUUCUCUGUGGAUGCUGAUAAACAGGACGAUAUUGUUCGAUUUCUGGACGCAGCUGUUAUCAAGAUUGAAGGAGGAACAGACCAUGAUCUAAAAGUCUUGGAUCAGCCACCACCAAGUCCUGCAAAAAUUAUUAGUCCGAUUCGAAGACGUAGUCGCUCUGAGUCUGAAUCACAGCAUGAUAAAUCCUUAGAAGACAGUUCACAAAAGAAAAGCAAAGCCAUUGAGGAAGUGGAGAGAAGAGGCGAUCAAAAUGGUGAUGUCAUUCUUAGCCAAUCAGUUAAGCAGAUGCCUAAAGAUGGUGAAUCGGGACAGAUUACAGAACAAACCAAUAAUGUUAAGACAGCUGAAAACCUCCCCAAGGAAGAAAACGAGGAUAAGGAGGAGAAACCAAAGCGAGAAGAGAAAUCCCGCAAACGACGACAUGAAUACAACUUUGAUGAGAAUGAUAGUGGGAGUGCUAGUGAUAGUGAUGACACUGAACCAGAACCUGCUCCACCUGGUGUGGAACCACCUGCUACCAGUGCUACUGAAUCUGCUGCAGAGAAUGAGAAGGAAAAUAAAGUUGAAAUUGAAAAUGAUAGCACUGAGACCAAGACUAUAAAGGAAGACAAAGAAAAAGCCGAAAAACCAGAAGACAAAGACAAACAAGAAGAGAAAGAAAGCGUAUUAGAUGAUAGUACUGAGAAGGAGAAAGAAAAAGAAAAUGACAACAAAGAGGAAAAGGAGAAAGACACAAUUACAAAGACGUACAAGUCAGAACCAGAGGAGCCUUCCCCACGACCACUACACAAAACAUACUCCCUUUUCAUGAGGAAUCUGGCUCCUCUAAUUACUAAAGCAGAGAUCAAUGCUCUGUGUAAACGUUACCAAGGGUUCUUACGAGUUGCUCUAGCUGAUCCCCAACCAGACAGAUGUUUUUACCGGCGAGGGUGGAUCACGUUUGAUCGCAGUGUCAACAUCAAAGAAAUAUGCUGGAAUUUAAAUAACAUCAGACUAAGAGAUUGUGAACUGGCUCCAGUUGUUAAUAGAGAUCUGACAAGGCGGAUAAGACCUGUCAGUGGCAUUACAGCCCAUAAAACUAUUGUAAAAAGUGACAUUAAAAUGGCAGCUAAACUGGUACAAAUGCUUGACAGCCGGCAUCACUUAUGGCAAACAGCCAUUGGUGAAAAGACGGAUCCAGAAAAGGAGCAGCAGUCAUUCAUUCUAUCAAAGAAUCCUAUUCUGGAAAAUAUCACUGAUUAUCUUGUUGAUGAAGCCAGUGCAGAAGAAGACGAGUUGCUAGGGACAAAUUCAGAUCCUAACAACGAUCAAAAGGAAACAUCCACAGAUGUACAACUUGAAAGAGAUGAAAAAUUAAUUAAGGUGCUAGACAGAUUGAUUAUGUAUUUACGUAUUGUCUAUUCCUUGGAUUACUACACCACGACUGAGUACGCCAAUGAAGACGAGAUGCCGAAUAGAUGUGGUAUUAUGCACGCUAGGGGACCACCUCCACUUGGUAAAAUAACACAGAGUGAUCUUACUGAAUGGGAAAAUAACUUUCAGCAGAAGAUCAACCCUUUAUUAGUAACACCGGACAGGAUAGUUGGGGAAGAAUUGGCCAAUCUUGGAAUGAAAGAUCCUGAAGUUGAACAAGAAAAGUUUGUGCAGGCCAACUCACAGGAGAUUGCAAAAGAUAAGUGGCUAUGCCCUCUGAGUGGCAAAAAGUUUAAAGGACCUGAGUUUGUCAGGAAACAUAUUUUUAACAAGCAUGGCGAUAAGCUAGAUGAUGUCAAGAAAGAGGUGGUGUUCUUUAACAAUUAUCUAGCUGACCCUAAACGUCCACAACUGCCAGAGCCAGCCAAGGUUAAUCCCCAGCAACCUGGAGGCCCUGGUCGUGAGGGAUUCAACAUGGGGCCUGCACCAGGGUUCCAGGGACCACCGCAGCAAGGCAUGAUGGGAUUUGGUCAACCAAGGCCGCCUGUCAUGUAUGGCGCAAAUCAAGGUCAAUACGGUGUUUCAGGUGGUUAUUCCAACAGAGGUGGUUUUGAUCAGUAUCCUAGGGGUGCUCAAACUUACCCUCCCAAACCAAGAAACAGGGGUUCAUUCAGGGGUUCAAGAGGCGAUCCAAGAGAACUGAUUCAGUAUAGAGACCUGGAUGCACCUGAUGAUAUGGACUUCUUCUAAAAACAAGAAGACACUGAACAGUUCAUCAUAUAGUUACUCUUCAGUUAUGUGUAUAUCAUCUAUCGUUAAGGCAGUUUUCUCUUAUUUUCUGUCUCUUGUAUAUUGUACAAUUGGUCAGUGUUUGCUUCAACCAGUCUUCAUCCUUCGCCUCUCCAACCAGUCUUCAUCCUUCGCCUCUCCAACCACUCUUCACCGUUCGCCUCUCCAACCAGUAUUCAUCUUUCGCCUCUCCAACCAGUAUUCAACAUGCCUUAGGCACUGGAAAGUACUGUUUAUAUUACUUGCCAUUUUUAGCUGCUUUACCCUACCUGUGGAGUACUUUAGUUUUGGUCUAGAGCUAGUCAGUAUAGUAAAAAUCCAGUAAAAAUGCUGUUGUUUCAUGGUUUAUAUGUAUAAUUAUUUGAAAAUCAAUGAAAAUAUAAUUCCAUGUCAGUCAACUCAAGGUUUGGUUUCCUGCCGACAUGAGGUAGUUAUACAAGUGGAAACUUACUCACUGUCAAGAAACAGAAAAUUCGCACAGAGGAUCUGAGUACAAGUUAUAAUAAAUGUUUGAAUGUCACCUUUUGUCAAAAUUCACCAAAUAAAAAUCAUGUAGCUGAUGAGAGUUUGUCUAUUUAGCCCUAAAGUUUAGACAGAUAGUAUUCAAAUGACUACAAACUUUUGUUUGGGUCAGAGGAUUUUUAGGUACCGUUUUGGAAGCCAAUUCUGUGCAACUUUAUUUGAGGCGAUCACUCGCAAGUGGAUUUGAUCCCACAAGAUUUCACCCAGGGGAAAUAGAAAAUUUACUCCAAUUAUUGUUAACUUUUAACACCUUAGCAUUUUUAUAAGCAAGACAACUGUUUUGUUGCAAAAUAAAUCUAAAUUAGGGCAAGGUGUGCUCAAAGUAGGAUGAUUAUGGCUGUAAUGGACGUUGAUGUGGCAUUCAUAUUUGUAAACAUUUUGUAUAUAAAACAUUCCAUGUAGCUCAUUCUUUAUACAUCACUGUGUUCAUUAUAUUCAUAUAGAGUAUUAAAGUAUAAUGCAUCAGAUGUAGAUCAUAUCAACUUGUCCAGAAUGAAUUUAACCAUUUUACUGAAUAUGUUGUUACUACAGGGGUUCUACCAUAAUGUAUGUAAUGUUUAUUUCAACUAGUGAACAUUGCCUCAAUUAGUAUUAGUUUUGCAACAUUGCAGACAAAAUAAAAAGUGUUGUCAAAGCAGAAAAAAGGUUAUGAGCAUUUUAGACAUUUUUUUGAAGUUCUUGUGAAUGGCAGGAUAUUUAUUCUUUUUAAUGACAGUUGUUUAAAACUCUUUGAACCAGAUAGCUGUCUAAACUGAACACCUGUAAACAACACUAUUUUCUCAGUUAUUAGGGUGUUCAUUUUAGACAGGUUUCACUGUAAGACCUUCAGUUUCAUUCAUUCAUUGUACUUUGUUUCUCAAUUCUUGGCCAUGCAUUAAAAGAAACAGGAAUUUGAAUUUUGUGAGAGGUGAAAAAUAAUUACCUUUCACUUUUAAGAUUGUAUUUUGCAGAGUAAAUAAAAUAAACACUACUUACAACCCAAA